AGCAUGGCCAGCCCACGGACCAGGAAGGUACUUAAAGAAGUCCGGGUGCAAGACGAAAACAAUGUUUGUUUUGAGUGUGGCGCGUUCAAUCCCCAGUGGGUCAGUGUGACCUACGGCAUCUGGAUCUGCCUGGAGUGCUCGGGGAGACACCGCGGGCUUGGGGUGCACCUCAGCUUUGUGCGCUCUGUCACCAUGGACAAGUGGAAGGACAUCGAGCUAGAGAAGAUGAAGGCAGGUGGGAACGCCAAGUUCCGGGAGUUCCUGGAGUCCCAGGAGGAUUACGAUCCCUGCUGGUCCCUGCAGGAGAAGUACAACAGCAGGGCCGCGGCGCUGUUCCGGGAUAAGGUGGCCACCCUGGCCGAAGGCAGAGAGUGGUCUGUGGAGUCCUCGCCUGCCCAGAACUGGAUCCCGCCUCAGCCCCGGACGCUGCCAUCCACCACCCACCGAGGCCCCGGCCAGCCGCAGAACAUGACUGCCGCCUCCGACAAGGCUUUUGAAGACUGGCUGAGUGACGACCUCAGCUCCUAUCAAGGGGCCCAGGGCAAUCGCUACGUGGGGUUUGGGAACACGCCGCCGCCUCCCAAGAGAGAAGACGACUUCCUCAACAACGCCAUGUCGUCCCUGUACUCGGGCUGGAGCAGCUUUACCAUUGGAGCCAGCAGGUUCGCCUCAGCCGCGAAGGAGGGCGCUACAAAGUUUGGAUCGCAAGCAAGUCAAAAGGCUUCGGAGCUGGGCCACAGCCUGAGCGAGAGCGUCCUCAAGCCUGCGCAGGAGAAGGUGAAGGAGGGGAGGAUUUUCGAUGACGUGUCCAGUGGGGUCUCUCAGUUGGCGUCCAAGGUCCAGGGAGUCGGCAGUAAGGGAUGGCGGGAUGUCACCACUUUUUUUUCCGGGAAGGCAGAGGACCCCUCAGAUGGACCCCCAGAGGGCCACGGUUACCAGAGCAGCGGCGGGGACAACUCGCAGAGCAGCACCAUAGACCAGAGCUUCUGGGAGAGCUUCGGAAGCGCUGAGCCCUCCAAGGCCCGCAAGUCCCCAAGCAGUGACAGCUGGACGUGUGCGGACACCUCGACGGAGAGGAGGAGCUCGGACAGCUGGGAGGUGUGGGGCUCGGCGUCCAACCACAGGAACAGCAAUGGCGACGGCUGGGAGAGCUGGGAGGGCGCUGGCGGGGAGGGCAGGGCCAAGGCCGCCAAGAAGACGGCGCCACCGUCCGCGCCUGCCGACGAGGGCUGGGACAACCAGAACUGGUAGGGCCCUGCACACCCCAGCCCUGGUGCCCUCGGGUCCCUGCGUGUUUGCACUCUGCCCUUCCUGUCCGCCCCCAUCCCACCCGAGAAACGGCCACCGGUGUGCGCACAGCGUCUCAGGAGGCAGGGCCCUGGGGACUUGGUGCCGUCUGGCCGAAUGGGGCUGGCUUGCUCUCCAGGGCCGUGUCGGGGACGCCUGCCCAUCCUGUACCCUCUGAGCCUCCUCCUCAGACUCUGCGGGGUCUCGGACCGGACGCCGUCCGCUGCCAGGUGGUGGGUGCGGGCGCAGAGCCCUGGGACCACCUGGCAGCUGAUUCAGAGAAGCAUCCCCGGGGGCUGGGACCACGUCAUGUGUGAUGCUGUCAGUGGCAAGA